UCUGGACGUGGUGGCUUUUCGUCUGUGUCCAGCAGCGCGGCCGUACGCCGCAGCCUGGGUCCAGCAGCCGCGUCAGGAUGUUGCCCCUCUCCAUCAAGGACGAUGAGUACAAGCCGCCCAAGCUCAACCUGCUCAGGAAGGUGUCGGGCUGGUUCAGGUCCAUCCUGAAGGACAAGACCUCCCGCAACCUGUUCUUCUUCCUCUGCCUCAACCUCUCCUUCGCCUUCGUGGAGCUGCUCUACGGCAUCUGGAGUAACAGUUUAGGUCUAAUAUCAGAUUCUUUUCAUAUGUUUUUUGACUGUACUGCUCUAUUGGCUGGAUUAGCAGCUUCAGUUAUUUCAAAAUGGAGGUCAAACGAUGCUUUCUCCUAUGGGUAUGUUCGAGCAGAAGUACUUGCUGGUUUUGUAAAUGGUUUAUUCCUCAUCUUUACAGCGUUCUUCAUUUUUUCUGAAGGUGUUGAGAGAGCACUUGAGCCUCCUGAUGUGCAUCAUGAAAGACUUCUUCCUGUUUCUGUACUAGGAUUCAUUGUAAAUCUUAUAGGAAUAUUUGUUUUUCAACAUGGAGGUCAUGGGCAUUCACAUGGCUCUGGUCAUGAACACAGCCAUUCUCUAUUUAAUGGUGGUCUCAGCCAUGGACACAGUCACGGAGGUCAUGGUCACAGCCAUGAACAUAAACAUGGUCAUGGACACACUCAUGAUCAUGGUCAUGGACACUCUCAUGGUCAGGAUUACUGUCAUGGUGACAAUUCCCUUGAAGGGAUGGCUGGAUCUAGCAAACAGAUUUUACAAGGUGUAUUUCUGCACAUUGUUGCAGACACGCUGGGAAGUAUUGGUGUGAUCAUAUCUGCUAUACUGAUGCAGAACUAUGGUCUAAUGAUAGCAGAUCCUAUUUGUUCAAUGCUGAUAGCACUACUUAUAGGUGUAAGUAUUGUUCCACUUCUAAAAGAAUCCAUUGGAAUUCUGAUGCAGCGAACUCCUCCUUCCCUGGAAAACACUCUGCCUCACUGCUAUCAGAGGGUGCAGCAGCUGCAAGGAGUUUACAGUUUACAUGAGCCCCAUUUCUGGACCCUCUGUACUGAUGUUUACAUAGGGACUUUGAAAUUACUAGUAGCUCCUGAUGCUGAUGGAAGGUGGAUUCUAAGCCAGACUCACAACAUUUUUACUCAGGCAGGAGUAAGACAGCUUUACAUACAGAUUGAUGUUGCAGCCAUGUAGUGAAUUCCUGAACUUGUGCUGUUGGACCAAAGUUUUCUGUACUGUACUGGUAGAACAACACACUUCUCGAGACAGAGCCUGCCUCCACCAUUGCUCUGGAAUGGACUGAAUGCAUUUCUGCCCUUGGGCUAUGGAUGGACUUCACCUCUAGGGAGUAAAUAUUGAAUGAAUGUUA